AAUCUUGAUUUCUAUUUCAUUUUGACUUCAGUGUUACAAAAGGGAAAGAUCGGUGCUUAUAGAAAAAAAUUUCAGUGCCGAGCGGGCACCACCCGCUCGCGCAUCUGAGCCGUCCAUUUCGUGUUUGGGCGGCUCAAAUUUGGAGAGAGAAAAGGAGAGAGAAAAUAUUGGGAGGAGAGGAGAGAGAGUGUUUUAAUCCGAACCGUCCAAAAAUAUAUCGGACACUCGGAUGAGCCGAACGGGUGCCACGUCGGCAAUACCCGCUCGGCACUGAAAAAUUCCUCAUGCUUAUAUCUUUUGCACGAUCUCAAACAGAAUUGAUUACAUCAUCACAUCACAAGCUUACAUCACUAGAGCCGGCUGGUGCAAUAAUAAACACAGCUUAGCUAACUAAACCAACUAAUGAACUGACUAAUCAACAACUAAUGGCUCUUCUUGACACUGUGGCGCCAGCCAGGCUUCUAAUCUCCGCUUUACAAUCUCCACAACCCCAACCCGAAACCCUGGAAUUUCCGAAAAGAGCCACCAAUGGCGGAAAUAUUCGUCGGAGUUAUCUUCGAUGUCUUGUGCGGCGGACUAGUGAAUGCCAUCAAGGAAGUAACGACCAAAUACAAAGAAUUCAAACCCCUCUUGAUACAACUCGAAUCAACCGUAGACCGGAUGACCCCAACAUUCAAAGACAUCGAGAGUCUGAACCGGGCCAUCCACCGGCCCGAAACGGAGUACGCGGUUUUCGCCGACCAACUCAACAAAGGGAAGAGCCUCGUGAAGAAGUGCGCCGGGGUGCGCUGGUGGAACAAGAGCUCGUACGCGAAGAAGCUGAUCGCGUACGACAUAUCGCUCACGAGGUUCUUCCAGAUCGACGUGACGGCGCAGAUUCUGCAUAGAGUGCGACGGGUGGAGGGCAAUCUGGCUGCGGCGGGGCUGGAAAUGGAGAAGGAAAUGGAAGUGAUUAAACCUAAAGAACUUGCUCCUGUCGCUGAACAUCGCCUUGAUUUCCUUCGAAAUAGCCCACAGUUCCUAGCCUUGCGUCCACUGUUGCAAUCGGAUCCCCAUAUUUUAAAGCUCACGCUUCGGGGACUAAGAAAAGAACACCCCAAUAUUUUUGGACGUAUUAAAGAGCACAGAUUUGAGUUUCUUCAAUUGAUAUAUGGGCCUGUGGACGAUAUUUUAAAACUUAUUGAAGACCACAAAGAUGUGUUUGAAGAAUUGAUAAAUGAGCCAGUGGACGGUUCAGAUGGGGAUUUAUCUGAUCAACCUGAGCAGGAGAUGCCUCAUGCUAUUAAUGUCUCACUAGCAAAGCAGGAGACGCCUCAAAGUGUCAUACUAGCAGAGCAGGAGGCCAUAGAACGACUUGAGGAAAUGGGAUUCGAUGGUGACCUUGUCAUCGAGGCAUUUUUGGCCUGUGACGGCAAUGAAGAACUGGCAGUGAACUAUCUAUUGGAGAAUGCUGGAUAUUUUGAGGAUUAAUGGUUUAGGCGAGGAUAUGGAUUAUUCUGAAGACAUUUCUACGGCAACUAAAGACGGGGUCGGGUUAAGCAAGCCAUGGCACUUUUCAACUUUAUUUCAGUAAUAAAAGAACUGUAGUUUUAAAUUUGUAAUAAAUUGUGACAAUUUAUAAUAAAUGGAAUUGUUAUUUUUUUU